GCUUGCUUGCCUGCUGCUCCAUCCAAUCUCUCUCUCUGCUGCUCUCCGUUCCUCCUCCUCUAACAACUCCCCGUCUUCAUGCUGACAGCCCUCUGACCCUGUUGUCCCUCGUGCCUGGUAUUCCAGCCUAUCCCCGCUAGCUCCUUGAGCUUUGUUUGCGCAAUCAACUCCUCGUUUCCCUCCAUUGCUCUGGACCUGGACGGUCCUGCUUUACCGCAAUCAUGACGGCCGGCCUUAAGACGAUCAUCGCACUCUCCUUUGUUCUCGCCAUUGGUUUCCUCCUCGUCAUCCUCUCCUCCGCGCUCUGGCACAACUUCCUGCCGCUGAUCGUCGUUGCGACUUACGUGGUUGCUCCCCUGCCCAACUGGAUCUGCUCGCGAUGCGCAAACCCCGAUGAUUUCAUGGACAGUUCCGGCAAUGCUGCCGCUGACUUUGGUCGCUUCCUCACGGGUUUCCUGGUCUUGAUGGGUAUUGCCCUCCCCGCCGUCCUGGCGCACAGCGGCGCCAUCGAAAUCCCCGCCAUGGUCAUGUCCAUCAUUGGCGGCCUCCUCAUCUACGGCACCAUCAUCAGUUUCUCCAUGUUCUUCAAGGAGCAGGAGGACUUCUAAAUUGCCGUGCGCCGCAGAUAUCCGCAAGACGGGCUUCGCAUUGGAUACCCGCCCCGCAGAGCGUUGCGAUUGAUCUUUUGAAGCCCCCGCCUCCAUUUCCUCGACCAAUGCACCUUUUAUGAAACCUCGCUUUGAUUUGAUUUGCCGUACGCUAGGAGUACUGUUGUGCCAUUUGAUGCCCCGGGCUUAGCCGUUGCUUCCGCUGUUUCCUGUUCGUUGAUACGAUUGAUGUACUAUAGCCAG